AUGUCGGUGACGGCGAAAAACUUCUAUCGUCGUCCGCUUCCCGAAACGUGUGUCGAUUUUUCGAGCGAGAUCGGCAAAAAAUUGUUCACCGAGGCGUUGCUUCAAGGUUACGCCAAUAUUUAUUUCAAAUUGGCUUCCCAGUUUCGCACACAAGAUGAGCCGGCGUAUUGUGGUCUGAGCACGCUGGUUAUGGUUCUAAAUGCGCUUGAAGUGGAUCCUGAAAAGGUUUGGAAGGCUCCUUGGCGAUUCUAUCAUGAAUCCAUGCUGGAUUGCUGUGUUCCUUUAGACAAUAUUAAACGAAUCGGCAUCAAUUUGGCGCAAUUCCAAUGUCUCGCCAAUUGCAAUCGUCUCAAGACCAAAGUGACGCAUGGCGAUGAGACGGCAGAAUUUCUGGCGAAUUUCCGCCAAUCCGUCGUGCAGUCGGUUCGCGGCGAGCUCAACGUGAUCGUCGCCAGCUACGAUCGAAGCGUUUUGGGACAAACCGGCGCCGGACAUUUCUCGCCGCUCGCCGCCUACCAUCCAGCCACCGAUCAGGUGCUUAUCAUGGAUGUGGCGCGUUUCAAGUACCCGCCGCAUUGGGUGAAGCUUGAGCUUCUUCAAAAAGCCAUGUGCACCAUUGACAAGUCCACGAAACAGACGAGAGGCUACGUGGAGCUGGAGCUCAAAAAAGGGACGCGUCCAUUGGUGAUGUAUGGCCUCAAAGCUUACGCGAAUAUCAAUGAUGGCGAGUUCGCCAACUCGGCGAUCGGCUGGAAGGAAUUCCUGUUGUGCGAUCCAUUGGACGACGACGAGGAGGAGUUUCAAUUGAGUUGCCGCAAAUUCGGCCAAUUUUUCACGCCGCAUGCGAUGUGCUGCACACAGAAGACGAUUGAAGCCGAUCAGCGUGCGUCGAUGCCCGACGACGCGUCGGCACGAACCGAAGCGUGCCGUCAGAUAUGCGCUGAAGUGCGGCGAACGCGAUUCGCCGAGGUGUUUUCGAGUAGCGCCGUCGCCGCACUCCUGAUUGCGUGGCCAUUCGAGAAUGGCUACUCGGAGCGUAGCGAUCGCCUCAGUGAACUCGCGCAAAAAUAUAAAGACGAAUUCUCGACAGAUACCAAAAAUGAAAUUGAUCAACUCACCACCCAACUCCAAACCCUCAUCUGCUGCUCGAAACCGCCCAUCGUGCUCAAUUUCAACAAAUCGGAAUCACACCAAAAAAUCUGCUCGUCUCACAUCAACGGGCAUUGCGCGUGCACCAACGACGUGCAAUUGUGA